AUGUCCCACUAUAAGAGCACCUGCCAUCACCAUGCAGAGGUGCACAUCAUUCCAUGAAGAAAGCACUCCUUGGACCUCACUAGGCUGAACUGUCAGAAGCAUAAUGAAGGACUUGUUUAUCAUAUAUAGCAUGUUUGUAUGCAUCAUGCUGUGUGGUCUAUGGGACAAAGCCCACGGUCGGAGGCUUCACUUGGGCAGUUGUAAAGUGAACAUUCAUACCCAUGAACUCAGGCACCACUUCCAGCACAUUCGUCAUGGCAUGAUUUCAGGAGAUGAUCACAAGGGAAUCAGAUUACUUAGAAAAGACGUUAUGAACAGUUUACAGGCUACAGAUAGCUGCUGCUUCCUCAGGCAGCUCCUACACUUUUACAUGGAUAAGGUCUUUAUCAGCUACACCAGCAGUCAAUCCCUACAUCGCAGGACCACCAGCGUCCUGGCCAACUCCUUCCUCAGUAUCACCAAGGAUCUGCGAGUGUGUCAUGCCAAUGCACACUGUGAGUGCAGUGAAGAUGCCAGACUAAAACUCACAAGUAUUCAAACCACGUAUGACAAGCUUGAUCAGGCAGCAGGAGCCGUGAAGGCUAUCGGAGAGCUGGAUUCACUAAUUGAAUGGCUAGAAAGUUUCCAACACCACUGAUAAUAGACCAAGACCAAACUUAAGUGAAGCUAGAUAUUUAUUGUAUUUAUAAAGCAAUUUGACUUUAAAAACAUGGAAUUCCAUUCUGGAAAAGAGAUGCCUUGGAAUAACUGCAGAUUACUUUUUCAGUAUUUGUUUCCUUGCAGUUUAUGUAAGAAUAAUUUAUUUAUGUAGGCCUAAUUAACUACAUUUUGGGCCAUAUUUCUAAGCAUAUUUGCAUGAUGUAUAAAUGUCAUGCUGCAAAGUAGACCUUUGAGGUCAAUUUUUGAUCUGCGUUUUGAAUACAUAUUUGUUUUAUUGUAUUUAUGUCUUCAUAAAAAUGUAUAAUAUGUAAAAUAAAGAUAUAUUUAAA